AUGUCUGUCCUAGGGAGUCGUGGAGCACUUGGUGCUCGUGCAUUGAAUUUAUCAACGCCUGUGAGGACUGGCUGUGCUGUGCGCGCAUUCUCCGUUCUCAACCGCCCUCCGCCCAAGUAUCCUGGCCAUGUUCCGUUGAACUUCGUCGAACGUAGUGCCCUGGCGGUGGGCUCUGCGGUGGGAUCUCUUUUGAAUCCUCGAAGAGGAGAUCUCAUUGCGGCCCUGGGCGAAGCUACCGCAACACCCUACUUUAUUUACCGUCUUCGCAAUGCCAUGCUUUCAGACCCAACUGGACGCCGUAUCCUCCGGGACCGUCCCCGUAUCACUUCUGAAACCCUUCGUCUACCAUACCUCCGCUCGCUCCCCGAGAACUCAGUCGGUCGUACUUAUGCGGCGUGGCUAGAUCGUGAAGGUGUUUCCCCAGACACCCGUGAUAAUGUUCAAUAUAUCGACGACGAAGAAUGCGCAUACGUCAUGCAGCGGUAUCGCGAGUGUCACGAUUUCUACCAUGCCGUGACAGGAUUGCCUGUUUUCGUUGAAGGAGAACUGGCACUGAAGGCAUUUGAGUUCCUGAAUACUGUCAUUCCUAUGACGGGAUUGAGUCUUUUUGCCUUUGUGCGAUUGAAGCCCGCAGAGCGGGAGCGCUUCUUCUCUAUACACCUUCCAUGGGCAGUUCGUAGUGGGCUGGCUAGUAAAGAAAUGAUCAAUGUUUACUGGGAGGAGAUACUGGAGAAGGAUGUCGACGAAUUACGAGAAGAGAUGGGAAUUGAAAGACCUCCGGACUUGAGAGAGAUCCGCAAAAUGAUCAGACAGCAACAGAAGCGGGAAAAAGAGAGGUUGAAGCAACAGAACGCAGAGUAA